UUAAAGAUGUACAGUCGCGCGUGCAGGGUGACGGAUUUGUGCGCCGAGAGCGCGAGUACCACCAACGUGGGUCCGGGUUCCUACAACAUCCAGAGACCUGCUCCAGAGAGAACCGAGUCCUUUGCACCGUUCCUGUCUCUCUCCUCCAGGCCCUCGGUGUUUGACACGGGGGACAGUGAGCAGUGUUCUCCUGGACCGGCUCACUAUAAUGGAGUCCUUACCUGGGCUCCUGUUCCUGGUGGUAAUUCUCUGCAGAACCGAUCAAAGCGUUUUGAGGAGGCAGAUUCAAAUAUUCCGGGACCAGGAUCCUAUGAUAUACAGCCGUUGGGGGAAAAGCACCACUUACCUUCCAUCUCAGACAGGGGCAUUAAGCGUGUGAGGUGGUUGUUCCACUCUGCUCCCUCCAUCCCAUCUCCGAGUCUGGCCUUUGGUUUUGAGGAGGACGAGCAGGGGGAUCUGUGCAUGCAGAAACCACCAAGAACUGACCAGAGCCUGGGCCCUGCCUAUUACAGCCCCACCCAGGUAGAACAAAAGUAUAAAGGAAUCCACUUUGGCCAAAUGACGGGGAAACGGACAGAGAUGAAGCUGGUGGAAGGACCUGGACCAGGACACUACCAUCCAGAGGAGGAUCACUCCGUGUUUUAUGAGAAUGUGAAUUUGAAGCGCGAGAUGAAAAGCCAAGCUGUGCUGCAGAUUCCUCGAUAUCCUGAGCUCCUUAUAUUACAGGCAAACAAGAAGGGAGUUCCUGGUCCUGGUCAGUAUGAUAUUAAAGGACAAUUUGAGAAGUCAAAUGGAGUCACAAUGUCCAAACCAGCAUUUAUGUCACAAACACCGAGGUUCUGCUUAAAGAAGGAUGUGGCGCCCCCUGUGGGAUCCUAUAAUGAUCCUCGCUGUGCUCUGGAACAUCUGAAUAAACAUAAUGGAGUGAAUAAAAGUCCUUUUAACCUUACAGCAGCUCGAUUCAUUCCUGAAAACAGAAAAAACACCACACCAGGUCCUGGUGCAUAUAACAUUUUUGAUUAUGGUCUGGCAAAUGAGAGUCUGAAGAAAGCACAGUUAGAUGGCAAGAGGACGGGCGGCUUUGGCUCAACAGCCAAAAGAACAACCACCUUCAUCAGUAAAACCACAGAACCAGGACCAUCAGACUAUAUGGUAGAGGAAAAAAGGGAGGAGUUUUACAAGCAACAGCCUACAGCAGUCUUUAAAUCAGCCAUGGAGAGACUUCCUGCACCUCUGGGAGCUGUGGACACACCUUCUCCAAGCUCUUACAAUGUGAGGGAAGCAUAUGAAAAAAUGUGUGGACAGGGAGGACAUGGUGAACCUCGCACAAAAGCAGCACAAAAACGGAGGAGCUGUUUCUUAAGCACUGUGCCCAGAAAUUCCUUCUUUCACUAUGAUCCCCACAUCCCAGGCCCAGGUCACUACAGUCCACUCAUUAUGUCUAAAUCACAGUUUGCUCUCAUUGGAUUUAAUGAGGAUCGAUUUAAACAAUCUAAAAACACGACACCCGGACCAGGAGCAUACAUGCUGAGCCCUACUUUUUCAGACCCUUUACUCAAGCAUUCUUUCAAUGUGACCCUCCAAAUCCCGAUGAUGCCACACACACUGACUCGACCUCCUCAGCAUGCCAUGGAAGCAGGUCUUUCCUUCACCAGUGCGUAAAUGCACACAGUCAGAGUCAAAUGUCAGUUGAUGUAAUUGGACUAACACUGAUAAAGUGUCCUG